UCCUUUCAGGGACGGUUGACCUUCAGAGAUGUGGCCAUAGAAUUCUCUCAGGAGGAGUGGGAAUGCCUGGACCCUGCUCAGAGGGCCUUGUACAGGGAUGUGAUGUUGGAGAACUACAGGAACCUGCUCUCCGUGGGUGAGGAUAACUUCCCUUCUGAAGUUGGAAACCUUUCUGCUAGAUUUGCAAUAAAGGGAUUAUCACCAAGAGAGGACAUUGAUAAAGGAGAAUUCUACCAUUUAAUGUUAUUGGAAAGCAAUGGAAGGCAUAGCAUCAACAAUUUUGACCUCAAGGAAGUCUGGGAAAACAUACAUGAGCAUCAGAAUGAAUGGGGAUAUGAUGCAAGAAAUUACAAAGGAAUGCCUUUGACUCAUGACAAAAAUCCAACUUAUAGAAUAGAUUGGCCACGUGAUAAAUCUUCAAUUAAUUUUCUACAAAAGCAGAAUGUUUCUGUAAAAGAUAAUACAUACCAAUAUUUCAUGCAUGAUGAACUAUUUAUAAGGAAUUUGUUGAAACUGAAAAAUCACAUAAGCAAUGCUGGAAACAAGUAUAUAAAGUGUUUGGAAACUAGAACUGAAUUAAGUUGGCAGGCACACCAGGCUGAACUGCAGAGAUUUCAAACUGAGGAGAAAAUUGAUGAAUGCAGAGAAGUUGAGAAGUCUGUCAACAAUGGUUCCUCACUUUCACCACUUCAAAGAAUUCCUCCUAGUGUCAAAAACAUUUGUAAUAAAUAUAGCAAGGUUUUUAAAUAUCCUUUUUUACCUGCACAGUAUGGGAGAACACACAUUAGAGAAAAAUCUUACGAAUAUAAUGAGGGUGGGAAGCCUUUUAGCAAACGAUUAAACCUCAUGAGUCAUGAGAGAAUUCCUUCUGGACCGAGACCUUACAAAGGUAAUGAGUGUGCCAAAGCUUUUAAUCAGUGCUUGAAACUUGCUACACAUCAGCAAGUCCAUACAGGAGAGAAACCAUAUAAAUUUGAUGUAGGUUGCAAAGCCUUUCAUCAAAAAUCAAACCUUGCAAGACAUCAGAGAAUGGAUACUGGAGAGAAAUCUUACAAAUGUAAUGAAUGUGGCAUAGCCUUUGCUGAGCAUUCAGGCCUUACUCAGCAUAAGAAAAUCCAUACUGGAGAGAAACCUUACAAAUGCAAUGAGUGUGGCAAAGCUUUUAUGGAGGGUUCACAUCUUACUCGACAUCAGAAAAUCCAUACUGGAGAGAAACCUUACCAGUGUAAUGAAUGUGGCAAGGUCUUUAGUCAAAAGUCAUGCCUUAUAAUUCACCAGAGAAUUCAUACUGGUGAGAAACCUUACAAAUGUAAUGAAUGUGGCAAAGCCUUUGCUUGGCAUUCAAGUCUUACUUGGCAUAAAGGAAUACAUACUGGAGGCAAACCAUACAAAUGUAAUGAGUGUGGCAAAGCCUUUACAGAGAGUUCAUAUCUUACUCAACAUCAGAAAGUCCAUACUGGAGAGAAACCUUACAAAUGUAAUGUGUGUGGCAAAGCCUUUAGAGAGUGUUUAUCUCUUACUCGACAUGAGAAAAUCCAUACUGGAGAGAAACCUUACAAAUGUAAUGUGUGUGGAAAAGCCUUUACAGAGCGUUUAUAUCUUACUCGACAUAAGAAAAUCCAUACUGGAGAGAAACCUUACAAAUGUAAUGAAUGUGCCAAGGUCUUUAGUCGAAAGUCAUGCCUUGCAGUUCACCAGAGAAUUCAUACUGGUGAGAAACCUUACAAAUGUAAUGAAUGUGGCAAAGCCUUUGCUGGGCAUUCAAGCCUUGCUCGGCAUGAAAGAAUCCAUACUGGAGGGAAACCAUACAAAUGCAGUGAGUGUGGCAAAGCCUUUAGAGAGCAUUCAUAUCUUACUCGACAUCAGAAAGUCCAUACUGGAGAGAAACCUUACAAAUGUAAUGUGUGUGGCAAAGCCUUUAGAGAGCAUUUAUAUCUUACUCAACAUAAGAAAAUUCAUACUGGAGAGAAACCUUACAAAUGUAAUGAAUGUGCCAAGGUUUUUAGUCGAAAGUCAUGGCUUGCAAUUCACCAAAGAAUUCAUACCGGUGAGAAACCCUACAAGUGUAAUGAAUGUGGCAAAGCCUUUGCUGAGCAUUCAAGUUUUAGUCAGCAUAAGAGAAUCCAUACUGGAGAGAAACCUUAUGAAUGUAAUCAGUGUAACAAAUCUUUUACCCGAUUUGCAGGCCUUAGAAGACAUGAGAAAAUCCAUACUGGAGAGAAACCUUACAAAUGCAGUGAUGGCAGAGCUUUUGCCCAAAUUUCAAGCUUUACUAGGCAUCAGAAAAUACAUACUGAUAAGAAACAUUAUAAACUUAGUGGAAGUGGCAGUGGGUUUAUUCAAAGGUCAAGCUUUGAGGAUCAUCAGAAAAUUCAUGGUAGAAUAAAAGCUUACAAAUAUGAUUGAGAUAAGACUUAUGCAAGUGUUCAAGCCUUACUCUACAUCAGAGACUCCAUUGUGGAGAGAAACCAUAUACUAUUAAUACAUAUGCCAAAGCUGGUAACCAGGGCUCACACCUCACUAGGUAUCAGAAUAUACAUCUUUGAAAUCACACAGAUGUAACGUGUGGUAAGGUGUAUCCACAGUUUAAGCCUUGUGGACCAUAAGAGAAUUCUUACAAGAGAACUCUUGUAAAUGUAAUGAGUGUGAUCAGCUUUGUCAAAAAAGUACAACUUUGUGGUCAUGCAAGAAUUUGUAUAAGAUGGAAACCAUACAAAUGUGUAGAGGUGUUUAAGCAAUGACCACGUGAUACACCAAAGCGUUCAUACUUGACAGAACUAUUACACAUAUAAGGAAGCUGAUAAAUUGUUUAACCAGUUCUCUCAGUGGACUGCACAUAAGAAUAUUCAUAUUAGAGAGAACUAAGUCUAUUACUUUUGAAGAUUAACCAAUCUCAGAUGUUAAAUUCCACAGAGAAUUAAAAGUUAAAUUUAUUUAUGAUUCAUGAGAUGAUGUGUGUCUGUGGAACAAGGAUAUCUGUGAAAAGGUCUACCUUCAGUUUAAAAAAUGUUUUAAUUGAAUUAUUUGAGGUUUCCUAAAAAGACUACAUUAUUAUUGAUGAGUUACAACCUCAUUUGAGAUCUGUUGAUGUUAUACUUUAAUUAUAUGCUUUUCAUUUGUCACCAUGAUGAUCUCAGAGAAAGAAUUGGUAGUAAGAUGGACAUACUUCAUUAGGUUGGGUUUAUUCAUAUCCAUGGAACCUGGAAGAACUAUGACACUAAUUUUAAGAUGUAAUAUGGUAUAAAUUGGAGAGCAUGGGGAGUGGCAGACGAUAGAUGUAAAAUUGUUAUCUAAAUUAUCAUGCUUUCUGUGGCCUCAGCCCCUUCUGUAGCUUUGUUGCUAUGACUGUAGGCCUUUGUUGAUGAUUAUAGGAAAGGAUUGCUCCACCAGAUGACC